AUGGCUCCGAAAAGGAAGAUUAAAGAGGAGGGAGAAGAUGUUUCAAUCUCCAAGAGAGAAGCAGAAGACCUCAAGAAACGAUAUGACGAAUCGAAGGCUACGCCAACAGCUCAAAAGGAAUCUUUUAAGCAUUUACAGAAGCAUGAAAGAGGUAAAGCAUUAAGGAAGGCUCUGAAAAAGGAUAAGAAGAACAGACAGAAAGAAAGAGCUGAGAUCCGUGAGCAGUUGGGAGAAGAUGCCCCAGCGAAAGAAGUUCCGAAAACCAUUGAAAGCACUCGUGAGUAUGACGAGACUAUGGUAGUAGAAGAAGACGAAGAGGUUGAGCACGAUGAAGCUCAUGACGAGUUUGCUUCUUACUUCAACCGUGAGACGACACCAAAAGUUCUAUUAACCAUGUCACCUUUCGCCAAGAGUACCACAUGGAAGUUCUGUUAUGAAAUGAUGAAAUUAAUUCCUGAUGCUGAAAUUUUCUCGAGAAAAGGUGUUCCUUUGAAAAAAGUUGUGAAACAAGCCAUAGCCAAGGAGUACACUGAUUUGAUCGUUGUCCACGAAGAUAAUAAGAAACCAAAUGGAAUCAUCUUCUGUCACUUACCUGAAGGACCAACCGCAUAUUUCAAAAUUAAUAGCUUAACCUUCACUAAAGAUAUCAAAAAGAAAAUUGGCGAAACUACUAGUCAUCAUCCUGAAGUAAUUUUAAAUAACUUCAACACUAGACUGGGACACUCAAUAGCAAGAAUGUUUGCUUGUUUGUUCCCUCAUGAUCCUAAUUUCAAAGGAAGACGUGUAGUCACUCUUCAUAACCAACGUGAUUAUGUCUUCUUCCGACAUCAUAGGUACGAAUUCAAGAAAGAAGGUCAGAAAGCGGCGCUACUAGAACUAGGACCACGAUUUACCUUAAGACUAAAGUGGUUACAGAAAGGCACAUUCGACACACGUUGGGGUGAAUUCGAAUGGGUUCUUAAGAGACACGAAAUGGAGACCAGCAGAAGACGAUUCUUCUUAUAG